AUGCGUGUCGACAAUCAUAUCCAUCUUCGCCAUAUCAUGCUCUACCACUUCGAAAAGGGGUGGUCUGCCGCAGAGUCGUUUCGCGAUCUCAAAGAACUUUUUGGUCAAGGAACAAUUGGACGUGCAACAGUUUAUGAAUGGUUCGAUCGUUUCAAGUCCGGUAACACAAGUGUUGAUGAUGAACCAGGAAGAGGACGGCCAUCAGAAUUCGAUGACAAGGCACUUCUGGAAGCCGUUGAAGAAGACGAAAGCCUGACAACCAGAAUGCUGGCAGAUGAAUUCAAUGUUGACCAGUCAACGAUCGUGCGCCAUCUCAAAAAGCUUGGCAAAGUACGGAAAUUGCGCCAUGUCGUCGAAUCCAUCGCUAGUAAGGGCUGGGAUCUUCUUCCACACCCGCCAUAUUCUCCUACUGAAGCCCCAACGGACUACCACGUCAAUCGAUCGCUCAAAAAUUGGCAAACAAAUAAGAUCUACAACGAUUUGGAUGACUUGAUAGACGAUGUUAAAGCGUGGAUUGCCUCCAAAGAUCGUUUAUUCUUCGCUCGUGGAAUCGAUCGUCUUCCAAGCAAAUGGCAAUCAGUUAUUGAUGUAGGCGGUGAAUAUGCUCCAGAA